AUGUACAAUACUGGACUGUGGAUCACGACGUGCACUGCAGUUCCGCUGAUACUCGAGAGAAGUGUUGCCACGUAUCGGAAGGAGAAAUACGAGAAAAGCAGCGUUUGCUUCGGCAUCUCGCUCUCCAUUCUCCAGUGUCUCAUCGCCGCCGUGCCCCUCUCGUUCGCCUACUCGAACACCGCUUUCGACGGCGUCUUCAUGCCCUACUGCUCCGUUUACAAGCCCGGUUUCCCGGAUGUUGCCCAGGCGAACGCAUUCGCGUCGAUCGGAGCCCAGGCGACAGCUCGGCUCCUCUUCGGCUACCUCUUCCGGGUUAACAAAGUGAGUCAGAAGGCAUCGAGACACCCCAGGAGAAGGAGAGAGAGAGAGAGAGAAAGAAAGAUCUCGUUUAGGAGUUGCGGCAGUCGAUGCUCGAGUCUUCACUUUCCACCAGAUUUCAGCUGGAGGAAAACAAAAAGUGAGUUUAGUCAUUAUUAUAUGGAGAGUAACUUGUUUUUCUUUUCUUCCAGCUCUAUGCAAUGUCUCAAAAUCUACGCGAACCUCAGCACCGGCUUCCUCUUCUUUCAGACUUUUUCGUUCAUUUGGCUGCUCAGAGAGUCAAAGUAUUUGCGUCACGAGCACUACUUGGCUCUUAUGGAGUGUGAGUCGAAGCGAGAAAUUGCAAAACGUUUAAGAAGAAUGAUGAUUUCAGUCAAUUGCGCUUUUCCACUCUACGGCAUCAUUAGCGUGGUUCUCGUCACUCAAAGAAUGCAAAAAGUUUGUCAAAUACUGGUAAAAUAUUCGACCUUGAACUGCUAUUUUUCAGUUACGCAACCAAAUCAGCUCGUCGCUCACGAGCCACGUGCAACUGGAGAGCAAGCUGUACCACGAGCACUUCCAGAAACAAAUGGACGAGCCGAAAAGCAAGACGACUCGUUUUUAG